AUCCCAGAGGCGUUUGGUUUUGUGUCGUUCUGUACCGUAAUAUUCACGUUGGUCGAGAGAGAGAGAGAGAGAGAGAGAGAGAGCUCUAAUGGGAUACGCAUGAACGGGAUGGAAAAGUUUCUGGCUGAGAAGUUGGAAAACGUGAGUGCAUAGGCAAAGUGCAAAAGUAAAAACUUGUAAAGGCAACGCUGCAGAAGAGCGUGUAGAGCAUAGCGCGUGUUGGUGAUACGAGUUUUAUUUCUUUGCCUCACUUCUGGGAAAUGUAAAGAUAUAAAAGUGGCCUAAGGUUGAAUUUUGCAUCUCAAGGAAGGAAAGGAAACCCGCCCUUUGGAGAAAGUGAUCCUUGAUGUUGUCGGAGCUCGCGCGCUGUAUUUCCUUUCUCCCUUCCUCUGUGCGUGUUUAUUUAUUUGUAUUAAAUCAAAGACCAAAGUUGAUGUAAACAACAACAACAACAACAAGUGGAAAUGAGAGCUGAUCAGGUCUAAAGGCAGGAUCUGGGACAUGCUGGAGUUUUCUCGAGGUGACAGCUAAGCCGAAAGAGUGCAAAUGUCCUCGUGCGGCAGCUCGUCCCCUCCGUCCUUCCCAAGACCGUUUCCCGUCCCCGCGCAUCCUGCCGCCCCGCUCGCGCCCUCGCUGUCCGCGAGCCCCCCCGCCACGCUCUGCGGCCGCCUGUCUAACGGCAGCGCGAGCGCCCCGAGCCCGACCCACUCCCGCGAGUCGUUUCACGGCGUGUCGUUUCUGCUGCAGAUCGGUCUCACCCGGGAAACCGUGAAUCUCGACCCCUCCGAUGUGUCCCUGUCGGCGGUCAAAGAGCUCGUGUGCUCCAUCGUGGACCAGAAGUUUCCAGAAUGUGGAUUUUUUGGCAUGUAUGACAAGAUCAUGCUUUUCCGCCAUGACCUGCACUCGGAGAACAUCUUGCAGCGGCUCACCUCCGCCGACGACAUCCACGAGGGAGAUCUGAUCGAGGUGGUGCUCUCAGCUCUUGCCACCGUCGAAGACUUUCAGAUUCGUCCCCAUGCUCUAUAUGUGCACUCCUACAAAGCCCCGGCGUUCUGCGACGACUGCGGUGAGAUGCUGUGGGGUCUCGUGCGUCAGGGUCUCAAGUGUGAAGGAUGUGGGCUUAAUUACCACAAGCGCUGCGCCUUUAAGAUUCCCAACAACUGCACCGGAGUGCGAAAGAGACGUCUGUCCAACGUGUCCCUGCCUGGACCCUCUCUGUCCAUCCCUCGUCCUGCGGCCAUCGAGAGCGUGGUCGCGUCAACUGAAGAGCUGAGGCCACUGUUGGAGGCUGGAAAACGGAUCCCGUCGUGGAGCGGCCGGCCCAUCUGGAUGGAAAAGAUGGUGUUGGGCCGAGUCAAAGUGCCACACACCUUCAACGUGCACACGUACACCCGACCCACCAUCUGCCAAUACUGCAAACGGCUGCUCAAGGGCUUGUUCCGGCAGGGCAUGCAGUGCAAGGAUUGCAAAUUCAACUGUCAUAAAAGAUGUGCAUCGAAAGUGCCGAGAGACUGCCUGGGCGAGGUCGUGUUUAACGGAGAGCCAGCUAGCCCAGGGAUCGACUCCGAAGUCACAAUGGAAGUGGACAGCGGUGACGUGCACAGCGAGAGCAGUCGAGGCAUGGAUGACGCUGAGGAGUCGAUCACUCCAGAGGACAUGGAUGCUCCAUUUAUGGAUGGAGAAAAGGAUGAAGAGACAGUGAAAGCGAUCAGUCCAUCCACCAGCAGUAACAUCCCUCUGAUGCGUGUGGUCCAGUCCAUAAAACACACCAAGAGACGCAGCUCCACCUUAGUGAAGGAGGGCUGGAUGGUGCACUAUACCAGCCGAGACAACUUGAGAAAGAGACAUUAUUGGAGGCUGGACAGCAAAAGUCUGACCCUUUUCCAGAAUGACUCCGGAGCCAAAUACUAUAAGGAGAUCCCGCUGUCAGAAAUCCUGCAGGUGGACUUGGCGCAGGAUUUUAGUAGCCUGGCGCAGGGAAGCAAUCCGCACUGCUUCGAGAUCAUCACAGACAACAUGGUGUAUUACGUAGGGGAGAACACGGGCAUGCAGCACACCAGCGCGACGCUCGCAGCAUCAGGAGUCGGUCUGGAGGUGGCACAUGCUUGGGAGAAGGCCAUCCGGCAGGCCCUGAUGCCCGUCACCCCUCAGCCCAGCGUGUGCAGCAGCCACGGCCAGGGAAAAGACCACAAAGAACUGUCCAUCAGCAUCUCAGUAUCCAACUCACAGAUUACAGAAAAUGUGGAUAUCAGCUCGGUGUACCAGAUCUUCGCUGACGAGGUCCUGGGUUCAGGACAGUUCGGGAUUGUUUAUGGAGGCAAGCACAGGAAAACAAAGCGAGACGUCGCCAUUAAGGUCAUAGACAAAAUGCGUUUUCCCACCAAGCAGGAGAGCCAGCUACGGAACGAAGUAGCCAUUUUACAGAACCUGCACCACCCAGGCAUUGUGAACCUCGAGUGCAUGUUUGAGACUCCUGAACGGGUGUUUGUUGUCAUGGAGAAGCUCCAUGGAGAUAUGCUGGAGAUGAUCUUGUCCAGUGAAAAGAGUCGACUUCCAGAGCGGCUCACUAAAUUCCUAGUGACUCAGAUUCUGGUCGCUCUGAGACACCUCCAUUUCAAGAACAUUGUACAUUGUGAUUUAAAGCCUGAGAAUGUGCUUCUGGCGUCAGCGGAGCCUUUUCCACAGGUGAAGCUGUGUGACUUCGGCUUCGCCCGCAUCAUCGGAGAGAAGUCGUUUAGGCGCUCGGUGGUGGGCACACCGGCAUACUUGGCUCCUGAGGUGCUGCGAAGUAAAGGCUACAACCGCUCUCUGGACAUGUGGUCAGUCGGCGUCAUCGUCUAUGUGAGUCUGAGUGGCACCUUCCCCUUUAACGAGGACGAGGACAUAAAUGACCAGAUCCAGAAUGCUGCCUUCAUGUAUCCGCCCAAUCCCUGGAAGGAAAUCUCUGGAGAAGCCAUCGACUUAAUCAACAACCUGCUUCAAGUGAAGAUGAGAAAACGCUUUAGUGUUGACAAGUCUCUCAGCCAUCCUUGGCUUCAGGACUAUCAGACGUGGUUGGAUCUGCGGGAGUUCGAGACGCGACGAGGCGAGCGCUACAUCACCCAUGAGAGCGACGACGCACGCUGGGAGGAAUACGCAGACGACAGAAGCCUUCCCUAUCCCAAGCACUUCAUCAUGGCUCCUAACUUGGAGGACAUGGAGGAGGACCCCUAGAGGCCAGGGUGUACACUUGCUACAGUACACUUUCUUCCGAACUUCAGAGGUUCAGCUCUUUUUUUUAAAACCUAUCCUAUUGGUGAAUCUGCUCAUCUUGCCAAGUGUAGACUGGCAGCAUUAAGUAGAGGGAGUGUACAUGAUUUGCCUGAAGCACACUUAGAGUGGACCAGCAGUGAUUAGUAACACAGCAUUCGUGAAGAGUGACUCUGGCUCCGUGUACAAGGACAUGGCGCAUGGUUUCAGGUUGUCCUUAAAUCAUAACAUUCCAGAGACAUGACUUGCCGUUUGCACCCGCUCUGUCUUUUCACUCACUGCCUUUUCAGCAAUCCAGCGUGUUUUUUAAA